AUGUCAGCGCCUAAGCACCCCGAGGGCAGCACUAAACAGUCCCCCGCCGCCCAAAACACGUCGCAAAUGUUCGAGCUCAACGAGAAAAAAGACUACGACGCGUCCAACUCGCCCGUCUCCGACGAUGAUACCCAUAAGGAAAUCGGCGUAGGAAGGGUCGAGGCCUUCAACAAAGUGCUCUACCAGUCUGGCAAGAAGGGCAAGAUCCUUCUCUGGCUUCUUGGUAUCUCCAUUGGUCUCACCAUGUUCGCCUACGCUCUUGACAUGGGUAUCACGACUACAAUCUUCGGAACGCUUGCGGCUUCGACUUUUGGUGUUCACAGCCAGCUCGGUACUGUCAAUACAGCUGGUCAGAUCAUUCGUGCUAUUAGCAAGCCCUUCAUUGGAAAGCUUGCUGAUAUUACUUCUCGACCUACCACUUACGUCGUGGUGCUUGCUUUCUAUGCUGUCGGCUUUGCUGUCGCUGCUAGCGCCUCGGGCUUCACUGCCUACACUGUUGGCAUCUGCUUCACCUCAGUGGGCAAGUCUGGUCUUGAUCUUCUCAGCGACAUCAUCGUCGCUGAUUUGACUCCUCUCGAAUGGCGAGGCUUCUUCAGCGCCUGUCUUUCUCUUCCCUUCAUUGUCACUGUACCUGUCAACGGCUUCAUUGCUGAUGGCUUCUAUGAAGAUUGGCGAUGGGGUCUCGGCAUGUUCGCCAUACUCGUUCCCGCCCUUCUCAUCCCUGCCAUCCUCACCCUAUACACCAUGCAGCGACGUGGUGAGAAGGCUGGAAUGGUCACCAUGGCUGAUUCCAAGGACGUGCGAUUGGGUCGUUCGGAGGCCACGCCCAAGAACCUGACCUAUUGGGCCAAGCUCGCGUACCGAGGUCUAAUUGACAUCGACAUUGUUGGUCUCAUUUUGCUCGGCUUCGCUUUCUCUCUGAUCCUUCUGCCCAUCACCCUGGCUAAGAGCGCAAAGGGCGGAUGGAACAACCCAAGCAUGAUCGCCAUGAUCGUCGUUGGCUUUGUUGUUCUGAUCUUGUUUGGUCUGUACGAGAUGUAUCUCGCUCCCAAGCCAAUGAUGACCAAGCGCAUUGUCAAGAACCGUGCUUUUGUCGCUGGUGUCAUCAUCCACAUCUUUAAUCAGAUGGCCUCUUCUGUUCGCAAUACCUAUUUCUCAUCCUACAUCCUCAUCAUCAAGGAGUGGACUACAUACCAAUGGACCAUCUUCCUUGGUAUCACUACCAUGGGUCUCUGCUUGGUCGGCCCUGUCGUUGGACUGAUCCAUCGCGUCUCCCAUCGCUACAAGGGCCUCAUGAUCUUUGGUGCCGCUGCUAGGAUUCUCGGUUAUGGUCUUCUCAUCAGCCCCAACGGAAUGAUGACCCAAGACACUGCUCGUCUUGUCGCUGCUCAGCUCAUCUUCUGUCUUUCUUCUCUCAACGUCGUUGGUGCCCGAGUUGGUGUCCAGGCCUCUGUUCCCCACGAUGAUGUUGCUUCUCUCAUCUCCAUCAUCACUCUGUGGUCUACUCUCGGAUCCAGUAUCGGUAGUGCUGUUGCGACAAGCAUCUGGACUGAAGAAAUGGUUGCUCAAAUGCACGUCGAGAUGCCCAAUGUUGACGAUACUACCAUCGCCACCAUUUACGGCAACAUCAAGACUCUCAAGAAGUAUGACUUCUUCGAUCCCAUCCGCCAAGGUUCUAUUCGCGCCUACGCCAUCGUCAACGGUCAUAUCACCAUCGCUUCAAUCUGCCUGUCCUGCAUUCCCCUCAUUGCCUCUCUUUUCAUGCCCAACUUCUACCUUGGCAAGCAACAGAACGCUGUCAACAAUAAGGGUCUUGAUGGUGAGAUUGUCGAUGUCCCGGACCAGCAUGGAACAAAAGACGCAAAUGCGACUCAACAGGAGUCUGCAACGUUCAUGCAAAAGCUAGCUGCUCUGUACCGAAAGUAG